UGCCAGCACCGCGGCACUUUCCGGCCUCGCGGCCCCGCCCCCCGGCCUCUCUGGGCUCGCCAAAAUGGCCGUGUCGGGGACCCUGUACACGUACCCCGAGAACUGGCGGGCGUUCAAGGCUCUCAUCGCCGCCCAGUACUCCGGCGCUCGGCUCCGCGUCCUCUCCUCGCCCCCCCACUUCCACUUCGGGCAGACCAACCGCACCCCCGAGUUCCUGCGCAAGUUCCCCCUGGGCAAGGUGCCGGCGUUCGAGGGCGACGACGGGUUCUGCGUCUUCGAGAGCAACGCCAUCGCCUACUAUGUGAGCACGGAGGAGCUGCGGGGCAGCACCCCCGAGGCGGCGGCCGCGGUGCUGCAGUGGGUCAACUUCGCCGACAGCGACGUCGUGCCCCCCGCCAGCACCUGGGUCUUCCCCACCCUGGGCAUCCUGCACUACAACAAGCAGGCGACGGAGCUGGCGAAGGAGGAGGUGAGGAGGGUCCUGGGGGUCCUGGACGCCCACCUGAAAACCAGGACCUUCCUGGUGGGCGAGCGCGUGUCCCUGGCUGACAUCACCCUGGUCUGCGCCCUGCUCUGGCUCUACAAGCAGGUGCUGGACCCGGCGUUCCGGGGUCCCUUCGGGAACGUCAACCGCUGGUUCCUCACCUGCCUCAACCAGCCCCAGUUCAAGGCUGUGCUGGGAGAGGUCCAGUUGUGCCAGAGGAUGGCCCAGUUCGAUGCCAAGAAAUUUGCAGAGACCCAGGCCAGGAAGGAGGAGAAAACCCCCCGAAAGGAGAAGGAGAAGGACAAGGAGCCCCCCAAGAAGGAGAAGCCCCCCAAGAAGGAGGAGAAGCGAACGGAGGCCGAGGAGGAGCUGGACGAGUGCGAGCAGGUCCUGGCGGCCGAGCCCAAGGCCAAGGACCCCUUUGCCCACCUGCCCAAGAGCCCGUUCGUCCUGGACGAGUUCAAGCGCAAAUAUUCCAACGAGGACACUCUGGGGGUGGCCCUGCCCCACUUCUGGGAGCACUUCGACCGCGAGGGCUGGUCCCUCUGGUACGCCCAGUACCGCUUCCCUGAGGAGCUGAGCCAGACCUUCAUGAGCUGCAACCUCAUCACCGGGAUGUUCCAGCGCCUGGACAAGCUCCGGAAAAACGCCUUUGCCAGCGUCAUCCUCUUCGGCAGCGACCACGACAGCAGCAUCUCGGGGGUCUGGCUCUUCAGGGGGCAGGAGCUGGCAUUUACCCUGUGCCCGGACUGGCAGGUGGAUUACGAGUCCUACACGUGGCGCAAGCUGGACCCCGACAGCGCCGAGUGCCGGACCCUGGUGACGGAAUAUUUCCUGUGGGAAGGGGAAUUCCGGCACGUGGGGAAACCCUUCAACCAGGGCAAGAUCUUCAAGUGAUCCCACAGGGAUUGGGAUCGGGAUUGGGGGGGGGAUCCCAGGCUGAGACAUCCCGGGGAAUCCUGGGAUCCUCCCGGGCUGAUCCCAGGGAAUCCAUCCUAAGGAAUUCUGGAGCCAUCCCAGGGAAUCCUGGAAUCCUCCUGGGCUGAUCCCAGGGAAUCCAUCCCAGGGAAUUCUGGGAUCCUCCUGGGCUGAUUUCCAGGGAAUUCUGGAUCCAUCCCAUGGAAUCCUCCUGGGCUGAUCCCAGGGAAUCCAUCCCAGGGAAUCCUGGAAUUCUCCUGGGCUGAUUCCAGGGAAUACAUCCCGGGGAAUCCUGGGAUCCUCCUGGGAUGAUUCCAGGGAAUUCUGGAUCCAUCCUAUGGAAUCCUGGAAUCCUCCUAGGCUGAUCCCAGGGAAUGCAUCCCAGGGAAUUCUGGGAUCCUCCUGGGCUGAUUCCAGGGAAUCCAUCCCAGGGCAUCCUGGAGUCCUCCUGGGCUGAUCCAUCCCAGAGAAUCCUGGAUCCAUCCCAGGCUGAUUCCAGGGAAUCCUGGAGUCCUCCUCCCAGGCUGAUCCAUCCCAGGGAAUCCUGGAGUCCUCCCAGGCUGAUCCAUCCCAGGGAAUCCUGGAUCCAUCCCAGGGAAUCCUGGAGUCCUCCCAGGCUGAUCUAUCCCAGGGAAUCCUGGAGUCCUCCCGGGCUGAUCCAUCCCAGGGAAUCCUGGAAUCCUCCUGGGCUGAUCCCAGGGAAUCCAUCCCCUGGAAUCCUGGAGUCCUCCCAGGCCGUUCCCGCUCUCCGUGUUCCCCCCUUAUCCCCCUGAUCCAUAAAAAAAAACCUUCAACCAGGCACAGA